CGUUACCCGGAAGUGUUGGACGGUUCACCACUGGUGUAAAAGCUACCCCGGAUCUCUCACUAACAGUCAGUUCAACAGCUCAUCCACACCUCGACAGAAACAUGGGAAGAAUACAGCUAGUGACGGCAUGCUGCCUGGUAUUGAUGGUGAUCAGCCAGAGAUCUGUCAACGCGCAAGGCUUUCAACAACAGGGAAUGAUGAACGGUCAAUUCAACAACGGAUUCAACCAAAACGUGCCGGGAAUGGCUAAUAAUUUCCAGCAAAACUCAUUCAGGAACCCCAUGAUGAACGGCAUGAAUAAUGGGUUAAACAACGGGUUUAACAACAACCAGUUUGGUGGUAUUGGCAUGGCCGGAGGUGGCUUCCAGAGGGGAGGAAUGAACGGGCAAGUUACCGUGCCCUUCCUCGGAGCAGGCGGAGCUGGAGGCUUCAACAGUGGCAUGAACAACGGCUUCAACAACUUCAACAAUGGCUUCAACAACGGAUUCAGCAAUAACCAGUUCGCUGGAGGAUUCUCACCCCAGGCAUUUGGAGGUCCUUUCGGGGGCAACAAUGGGAUGAACCGUAUGGGUGGUGUUGGUGGUGGUGGUGGUGGUCAAUUUGGACAAUUCGGAAACCGACCACAGAUGGGAUAGAUGAAGAAUAUACCCUCUGUGAUUCUUUCUGCCAAAUACGAACUGUCAUUUACACAUUUUAAUGCAUAAUUAAUGUAUAUAUUGACACGUGUUGUUAGAUGAAUACUUUAUUUCACACAGUGGUGUGUACAAGUUAAGUGGUACCGUAAAAUGUUAUGCUAUUCACUCAUAACUUUUAAUGAAAUAAAGUACCAUCGUCAUAUAUGUUUACAAUGAUUUCGUUCGUUUAAAUCUAAAAGCAAUUGUAGAAUUAAUUAUAAAAAAACCAACUACUGCUGUUUUAUAUAGGAGCAAAAAUACGUUUUGUAUGGCACAAUUGUAAAAUAUUUGUAAAUAAUAUUCAUUAACGAAAUACUUUAUAAAAAACUGCUUAAUUUACUUCUUUUGCUUCCGAAAACCGUUUUGCAUUCGUAAAACAUUUACUGGUGUCGUUAAAUUAAUUCAAAUGCUUGUUGAUAUUAGCCAUACAUCCUUGUAUUUAAUCAUUAUUUUAGAAUACCUUACCAGAUUCAUGUAUCUAUGUGUUGCCGUGGUAAAAAAAAAUGCUGAUCUUUUUUUUUUAAUUUCUAAACGUUAUUGAUUGAUAACGGCAACAAAACAUAAAACACUAUCUAUUUAUACUAGUCUAUAUUUAAUGUUGUACUUGCCCAAAACACGAUAUCUUUGUCCACACUUUGUUCAAUGUUAACUCACCAUAUUAAAGUGAUCGUUGUUCCAUGUUAAACAAACGUUGUUAAGGUUGCCUAUGUUCAAUGCUAUACACACCUGGUUAACGUAGUUUAUAUUCAUUAUUAAACUUACCUGGUACAUGUAAUCUAUGUUCAGUGUCGAUCAUACGUGGUGGCUUGCGACCCUAUCAUUUGUUGAAAGCAUUUUCUGACAAAUUAAUGCCAUAAAAAUACAUAUUAAAUUAAUGCAUUUACACAUUCAUCUCACUGUCAGCAUUCCAUAGAUAUCCACAAGCGACUGUCGUUUAUUAGAUUUUGCAUGUUUUUUUUAGCAUUAUUAAGGAUUCCUGCCCCGCUGCAGGCAAAGUACUAGAAAACUUCACUUUAGUUCUUCGUAAAUACCGUAAUAUCCCCUUAAUUUAGUGAGAGAUAUAACUGAUAGCCCGGGGUGCUACCGUUGAGCAGUCAGCCCUGUUGGUAAGACAAACAAAUGAAAUGAUUGGAGGUCAAGGGUUCGAAUCAUGGUCUGGCCCCGUUGCAUUUUUAUUUUUGAUUUAUUAUUUUUUUCGCCUGUAUUAUUUUUUCCGUAAAAUAUUGCAAGGUUUUGGAUUCUUUGCUGAAGCCAAAUGGUCAUGCCUUAAUGCAAAUUUAAUUUUUUUUGACCGUGGUCCGGGCAUCCUUAAGUUAUGAUGGUAACUUCACUAACACGCAAUGAUCUUAACAAAACGCUGUAACCCGCUGAUUAAUAUCUUUGCGAAUAAGUUCUAAAAGAUGAGUUCGCGAAAAUGAAAGUAAAUUACAAUAAAUUCAACAAAUAUAUUGUUUAAACACUUUAUUAGGGUGUAAUUACAGAAAAAAAAUAUUGGAAACCACCAAUUCGAAUAAAAAAAAUGAAAACAGUAACACAGGAAUGUCGAAAGUGACUCUUUUGAUGGCAUCUUAGCAUGUUAUAACAUCACAAAUGAUAUCACGUAAAAAUUCACCGUUCUGCAGAAUUGCUAUGUACUGCUUUGUUUAGCAUUUUCAAUGAUAUGAAAUUUAUUUAUUUUUUCUAGUGUUUUGAACCAAUUGAUCAGAUGGAUUCUAUGGGUUUAGUUUAACAAUCAGGACAAUUGCAUUAUCCAAAUAAUUAGACAAUAGUUAAAGAACUAAAUUUACAGUUUCAAGUGUUGGUAUAGAAACAUUUUUUCAAUAAAUUAACUAAUUAUGAAUAACUCUUUCAAAAUUGCGACUUUAUUAUAUGAUGAAAUACUGACGUACCGGAUAUGGCAAAGGAUA